CUUCUUCUAAAGCUCCUACCUUUACCUCAUUUCCUCCCAAUUUCUACUCUCUCUCUCUCAUGGCUCUCCAUCCUCUCCUCUCUCUCCUUCUCGUCAUCGCCGCCGUUACAUCUCCUUCCCUCGCCACCAACUCUGAAGGGGAAGCGCUGCACUCUUUCAGAACCCAUCUCUCCGAUCCCACCAACGUUCUACAGAGCUGGGACCCAACUCUCGUCAACCCCUGCACUUGGUUCCAUGUCACUUGCGACAAUCAAAAUCGCGUAAUACGACUUGACUUGGGAAAUUCCAACAUCUCCGGCCCGCUAGGUCCCGAGCUCGGCCGCCUCAAGCAUCUCCGGUACCUAGAGCUUUACAGGAACAACUUUGAUGGAAAGAUUCCAGAGGUGUUGGGGAAUUUAGAGAACUUGGUUAGUUUGGAUUUGUUCGGAAACAGACUCGAGGGCGAGAUCCCUAAAUCCUUUGCCAAGCUGAAGAAACUUCGGUUUUUGAGAUUAAAUAAUAACAGACUGACUGGUUCAAUUCCAAAAGAGCUUACCACUCUUCCGAAUCUCAUUGUCUUUGAUGUUUCUAACAAUGAUCUCUGCGGAACCAUUCCAAUUGAUGGACCUUUUGCACAUUUCCCUCUCCAAAGCUACGAGAACAACAAGAAGAUCAAUGGACCUGAGUUGCAAGGACUUGCCCCCUAUGAUUUCGGAUGCUGAAGAAAUUUUAAUUUGAAGCUCUGAAUUAUGGAUUAAGACUUCAUAUCUAUUGGGAAAAUUUUCUACUGUUAUGUUUGUUUUAUAAAAUCUAUUUAUUAGCUGCAUGCAAAUGUGAUAGAUAUUUUGAAAAAAAGAUAAGAGUUUUAUGGUAUUUUGUGUUGAUGAGGAAAA